AUGCAUAGUUUAUACAAACCAUCGUUAGAAUCGCGUGUUUUUACUGUUUAUCGUGGAUUAAAUAUGCCCUUGGAAGAUUUUGAGAAAACAAUACGUGGCGAAAUCAAGAAUUUAAUUGCAUUUGAUAGUUUUCUUUCGACUAGUUUAGAUGAAAAUGUAGCAAAACAAUUUGCUUUGGAUAAACAGGAUUCCAAAAAUGAAUCUGUUGUUUUUUGUAUGGAAAUCGAUGCUGAUCGAAUGGAACGCCCAUUCGCGGAUAUAUCUCGUUGGAGUGAUUUUAAAAAUGAACGUGAAGUUCUUUUCUCAAUCGGAACUGUUUUUCGAAUCGAUGAUGUAGCAGACAAAAAAACAAGUGAUGGUAUUUGGAUGGUUCGCUUACUUACUGUCAGUGAGAAAGACGAACAAUUACAAAAGGAAACGCAACAAAUACAAAUCACUCUAUUAAGAUUUUUCGAAGAUGUUCUUCAUGCUCAGCGUGAAGCCAAAGAUUACCGAAAAAUUCCCGCCAGCAAUGCUAAUGUAGCAAGUAUGUACUACAAACAAGGCGAAUACAAAGAUAGCUUACUAUUCUAUGAAAAAGCCUUGGAGACUUUGAACAACUUAGAAUCACCCGAUCCAUUGACAAAGGCCACAUAUAUCACCAAUGUUGCUAAGACACAGAUGGCAUUGGGAUACGAUGAUAAAGCUUUAGUUUUAUAUAAAGAAGCUUUAGAUAUUCGUCGUCACUUGUGUCAGCCCAAUGAUCCGUCAUUAGUUCAGACAUUACACACCAUUGGUCAUAUUUAUCGUGGAGAAGAAAAUUGGAACGAAGCUUUCGCACAAUAUAACCAAGCAUUGAAGCUACAACUGUUAUCUAUUGAGUCUCGUAUUUUAUCGGAUCCCUCGUCCAUCGCUGUUACGUACAUUUGUAUUGGUAAUAUUUUUCAUCAUCAAGAGAAAUAUCAAGAGGCACUAGAAUCGUUUUUAAAAGCGCUCCAACAGCAGCACGAGCAUUUGCCGAAACAACAUCCUGUUUUAGCAUUCCUGUAUAAUAAUAUUGGUGCGAUGUAUUAUAAAAUGAAACAAUAUGAUCUAGCUUUGGAAAACCAACUCAAAUGUUUAGAAAUAGAAUCAAAAGCACUAUCAAAAGAGCACAAAACAUUUGCUGAAACAUAUAAAAACAUUGCCACAACAUAUGAAAAACGUCGACAAUUCAAUGAAGCAAUUGAAUUUGCUCAAAAAUGCAUCGAUCAAUUAAAACUCCACGACUCAAAAGAUAGCAAAGAGCUCAAUGACGCGAUACAAUUGCUCAAAAGAAUUCAAAUAAGUCGAGACAAUAGGAAGUAA